AUGGCCCGGAUAAACCUGCCCCCGCUUACUCGAGGCGUGCUCGCUGCCGUCGUAUUCUUUACACUGAUAAACUUCGCACUGCGACCGCACGCCGACUGGGUGGAAAAGGUCGAGAAGCCAAUCAUAGGCGUCGGCAAUGGCGUGCCGUGGCUCACAAUAGUCCCUCGCUAUUCGGUGCCGUGGUAUCCAUGGGUGUUUGCAUUGGCGACCGUGGUAGAACAGAAUGUCCUCGGUCUCAUCACCACCGGACUCACCGUCUUCUAUGGCGGACGCUAUCUUGAAAGAGCAUGGGGGUCUCACGAGUUUACCAAGUUCAUGCUCUUCGUGGCCAUGAUACCCAACAUCCUCACAUAUCUGCUCUACAUCGCUGGCUACCUCCUCAUGAGCAGAGGUUCCAUCAUGCAAACCACCAUCUCCGGAGGCAUUGCCAUUCAAGCUGGCUUCCUCGUCUCCCUUAAGCAGCUCGUCCCCGAACACACCGUGGCCAUCGCGAAGGGCCUCAUCCGCAUGCGUGUCAAGCACUUCCCUGCCAUUUUCCUCCUGACCAACACAAUUUCCGGCAUCGUACUUGGUACUGAGACGGCCAUGUUCCUGGCCUACUUUGGCUUCUUCACUGCGUGGAUUUACCUUCGUUUCUACCGCAUAAGCCCGUCGCUGUCAUCUACUGCGACCGGCGACGGAUCGGUUAUCCGCGGCGACGCCUCAGAUACCUUCUCUUUUGCUCACUUCUUCCCGGAGCCCAUACAAACACCGGUCGGCGCACUCUCCGACGGCAUCUACAACACGCUGAUAUCGCUCAAAGUGUGCACACCCUUCUCAGAUCAGGACAUCGAUGCGGGCAACGAACAGGCGAGUGCCCGUGCUGAAGGAGGCCUACCAAGCAUCAUGAAUCCCAACAGCAGGGGAGGUCGAGGCGGAUCAACGCGAGCUGAGGCAGAGAGGAGACGUGCUCUGGCUCUGGAAGCAUUGAAUGCGAGAUUAAAUGCAGCCGCGUCCCGAGGUCCAAGUGCCGCUGCUCCGUCGGCGCCUUCUGUCUCUGGACCUGCAGAGUCACUAGGAGAAACAAACUACGAGCCGGAACGACAUGAAACACCACAAAGGCCGACGGCGUCCUAG